AUGGCACUCUACGGUGCGCCUGUCUGGGCCCCUAGCCUGACGAGCGACCGGCGGCGCAAACUUAACAGUUUGCAGCGGAGAGUGUCCAUCCGAAUAGUGAGGGGAUACCGCACAAUAUCCCAUGAGGCUGCCAUGCUCUUGGCCCGAUGCCCGCCUCUAGACAUCUUAGCGGACAUGGAUGCGCGAACAUACCAUCUCGUUCGUAGCAUUCGCCAAAGUGGGGAGCCUCAACGAGCUGUAGAGAGGCUCAGAGAGCGAGAACACCUUAGGGCGCUCGAGGAGUGGAAAGCGCGACUUGAGGAGCCACAUUCCUCACGACAAAGAGUCGUUGGGGCAAUAUUACCAUCUUUUGCCCCAUGGAUGGAGAAAAUCUGGAACGGCACGUUCCGAUUAACACAGGUGCUCACCGGACACGGCUGUUUCGGUCAGUACCUGCAUCGGAUUGGACGCGAAGUAACAGCGCAGUGUCAUCACUGCAGUGACGAUGUGGACGACGCCCAGCAUACGCUGGAGGAGUGUCCCGCGUGGAUACCGGAGCGACAAACCCUGGUCUCAGAGGUUGGGGCUGACCUUUCUCCCCCUGCCAUAGUUGCGGCUAUGCUGUCGGGAGAAAGGCAAUGGAAGGCGAUGGUCGCUUUCUGCGAGUCUGUUAUGACUCAGAAAGAGGCCGCGGAACGGGACCGGGAGAGGCUGGAUCCCGCCCGGAGAAGGAGACGUCGGCGACGUGCGGUGGCGGCGGUAGCCGCGGCUGUCUAG